AUGGCUGACCCGGCGCAACCUGAAGCACCGGGCAGCGCGCCCGACAUAAAACAGGAACCCGAUCUGUCAGUCCUCGAGGGCCUCGACUUUACACUGCCACCUGAGUUGUUGAAUCCGAAACGACCUUUUGAGCACGAAGCCGAAGCGCAUCACGAACCAGACGCUAAGAGGCUGAAGGCGGAGGAGCCUGAGGCUGCGCUACAGCCCGAGGACGACAACUCGCUCGAGGACGGACUGGCACUGCUCGUGCAAAAUGCCCUGUCUGGUGUCGGUGACCUACUACCACAAUUUGAUACGCCGGUCGAUAGCAACUCUGGUGAUCCCAUGGACAUCGACGCCGCAACGUUACUUGAAUCCGUCACGCCGCAGCCAACAUUCUAUUCUGACCCUCUGAAAUACGUGCGCAAUGUGCAGACCCAUACAUUGAGCAAUUUGUCCUUUACUCUUCUAUACUCCCUUGUACAACACGAGCCUAUCGACGAGGCCAUCGAAGCGAUACGAGAUGCGGAAUCAGACCACGGGAGGACCUUUCGCCAACUUCAAGACUCAUUAGAGAGUGUAUGGAAACUAUUCACAAGCAAUGAUACCAUGGCCGCCGAAGACAUGAACGUGGACAGCAAUGCUGCCACUCUGCUUGAAAUGGCCAACCUGGCCAAGCUGUGUGUCUGGCUCGUCCGAGGGACCGCCGAAUCUUACUCGAUAGCUGAUUCGAAACUUCUUUCAAUCUUCAACUGUCAAGUAUCAGAUUUGCCCAUCGAUGCUACCGAGCUCUACCUUGGAAUCAAGACGCAGAACUGCAUCCAGCAGCUGAUGAACAAGGCCGAUGAUCAGCAGGCAGAGCAAUUGGUUACCCAGACUCUCACACAAGGGCUUGGGGACAAGCUUAAGGCUCAGCAUCCUGAGGACAGCUUACUCAACGCUGAUCAAGCUUUCAUUACGCUGGCAACAGUGCGCAAGGCAGAGUUGAUCCAGGAUACCAAGGAACGAAUCGAUGCAGAGUCGCUCAAGAAGAAAUAUCCUCCUCAUGAAUUAUUACGGAAUUUCGCCACGUACGCAAAGACUCGAUUAGCCGCGGUAUCGAAUAUUUCUAGCAUGUAUGGAGUACACAUCCAUUUAGAAGUUGAUACCAUGGAGCAGGUAACAUUUGGCGAUCUCGGCGGCAGCGCAGAUAUCGAUCUCGACGACCUUUCUGCCUUCUUUGAGAAGACUGCCUCUGGGCUCGUACAGGACGCGCUGGCCGGCCUUACGGAGGUCGAAGCUCUCCCUUCCAUUGUUAUCGAUGCGCCCGUCAAUAGCACUACGACCAACGAGACGAAUGGCGCUGCGAAUGGCACGAAUGAACCAACUGUUCCAGUUCAUCCAACAGUUAUCCUGAAUGAUGCACAUUCUUUGAAUGGCACGAACGGCACGAACGACGCCAAUGCUGCAAAUGGUUCUAACGGCACAAACGGCACAAACGGCGUGAAUUCCACGAACGGCACAGAUAAGCCGGCUACGACUACUAACAACGAGACCGGCUCGGUUUCGACUGUUGGUAAAAUUGGUAUCCUGCAAGAUUACAAAGAACUCGAGGCCCUGGUUGCCGAAAGCACAUCAAACUAUGUCAAGACCACUCUCAAUGGAUUGUCGCCAGUGCCGUAUCAGCCUACUGUACCUAUGAGCACGACCGAGAGCAUGACUGCCCAGGCACCCUUUACCAAUCAUAUGCAACAGCAGCCCGGGCAGCAUCACUACUAUAACUAUACACAGCCACCAGUCCAGGAGCAGCCACCGCCACAACCUGCGUCUGCUGAGAACCUGCCCCCAAAUCAAUCAUGCUCGAGCGACGUGCUGUACGACAAGGCACGUCAGGCCGCCCUGUCAAAGUCCACGUCCCAUACGAGACGAGAAGGGUCCCAUUCUACCAGAAGACCGUGGACCCAAGAAGAGGAAAAGUGUCUUAUGCUUGGCCUCGACUUGGUAAAGGGACCUCAUUGGAGCCAGAUACUCACUCUAUUCGGACAAAAUGGUACCAUUUCAGAUGUGCUGAAAGAUCGAACGCAGGUGCAACUCAAAGACAAGGCACGAAACUUGAAACUCUUCUUCUUGAAGACAAACUCAGAGAUGCCGUACUACCUUCAGGCUGUUACGGGAGAGCUGAAGACGAGAGCGCCCACCCAGGCUGCGCGAAAAGAGGCCGAGGAGAGAGCUAGGAUGAACUCGGAAGAGGAUCAAGCAAAGAUGCAAGGAAUCAUGGCUCUUGCAGGCGGCCUGCAUCACUUGCCUCAAGGACGGCCCGGGGCUGCAGGUGUCGGUUCCGGCGUAGUCACGCCUGCACAAGCUGCCAGUGCUGCGCAAGCCGCCCAGGGCCGAGCCGCGACGGUUAUGUCGAAUAUCCCUAAAACUGUCGCCGCAACCAUUGCACAAGCGCGGCAGAAUCUGCAUCCUACAACACAGCAAGCAUUGCAGGCUAUGUCGCAGCAGAACCCUCCCCGACCGCAGGGCCAGGCGCAACUCCCUCCCCAUGUUCAUCGGCCUCAAUCUCAACAAUUGCAACACACUCAACAACACAAUGUCCCGCAGCAGCAGCAGCAGCAGCAGCAGCAGCAGCAGCAGCAGCAUCGGCAGCAGCAAUCUCAGCAACUUCCAUUUCUCAACGCACACCAUCCGGUACCGCAACAACAGCCACAAAAACCCGAGAACCACCAGAACCAUCAGAACCAUCAGAACCAGCAGCACCAGCAACAGCAGCCGCAGCAACAACAGCAGCCGCAGCAGCAGCCACAGCAGCCAAAGCCGGCGGCAAUUCAUCAUCUUCCAGCUCAGCAGCAACCUGCCAUACCACUACCCCAUCCGAUCGCGCUACCGUCCACCAUGUCCAGACAACAUUCUGAACCUCACGCGCCCAUUGCAACAGCUUCUCCAGCGCCGGCUCCGGCGCACAACUCACUUCCUCAAACACCUUUGCUUCAGCCUUCACCACCAACUGUGCAGGCCGCUCCCAUGGUGGCUCCGAAGGAAAUUCCGAAGCCAGAGGAGCCUCUGUCUCAGGAGGCCCAGCAGCAAGCAGAUAAUGCUGCCGACGCAGCUAUCUUGGAGGGCCUACAAGCCGCAGUUGCCAGUUCACUGGCCUGA